AUGGCCGAGAAGCGGAGGGGCUCGCCGUGCAGCAUGCUAAGCCUUAAGGCGCACGCCUUUUCCGUGGAGGCACUGAUCGGUGCAGAGAAGCAGCAACAGCUUCAGAAGAAGCGGCGAAAGCUGGGCGCGGAGGAGGCAGCCGGGGCCUUAGAUGAAGGAGGCUGCAGCCGCGGUAGCGGCGCCGGCGAAAAGGGCUCCUCUGAGGGAGACGAAGGCACUGCGCUCCCGCCGCCGGCUGGGGCGGCAUCCGGGCCCACCCGGAGCUGCGCAGACCUGGAGCGGAGCUGCGGCUCCCGCGGAGCUGCUGGCGCCUGUGAGGACGGCUUCCUGCAGGGCACUUCCCCGCUGGCAUCCCCGGGAGGCUCCCCGAAGGCGUCGCCGGCGCCCGCCCUGGCCCGGCCCGGGACCCCGCUGCCCGCGCCGCAGGCCCCGCGGGUGGAUCUGCAGGGAGCUGAGCUCUGGAAGCGCUUUCACGAGAUCGGCACGGAGAUGAUCAUCACCAAGGCGGGCAGGCGCAUGUUUCCAGCAAUGAGAGUGAAGAUAUCAGGAUUAGAUCCUCACCAGCAGUAUUACAUUGCCAUGGAUAUUGUGCCAGUGGACAACAAAAGAUACAGGUAUGUUUACCACAGCUCUAAGUGGAUGGUCGCGGGCAACGCUGACUCCCCUGUGCCACCCCGGGUGUACAUUCACCCGGACUCGCCUGCCUCGGGGGAGACUUGGAUGAGACAAGUGAUCAGUUUCGACAAGCUGAAGCUCACCAACAACGAACUGGACGACCAAGGCCACAUUAUUCUUCAUUCUAUGCACAAAUACCAACCACGAGUCCAUGUCAUCCGUAAAGAUUGUGGGGACGAUCUCUCUCCCAUCAAGGCUGUUCCAUCUGGGGAGGGAGUGAAGGCAUUCUCCUUUCCAGAAACUGUUUUUACCACUGUCACCGCCUAUCAGAACCAGCAGAUUACUCGCCUGAAGAUAGAUAGGAAUCCCUUUGCCAAAGGCUUCCGAGACUCUGGGCGUAACAGAAUGGGUUUGGAAGCCCUUGUGGAGUCAUAUGCAUUCUGGAGACCUUCACUACGGACCCUCACCUUUGAAGAUAUCCCUGGAAUUCCCAAACAAGGAAAUACAGGUUCCUCCACCUUACUCCAAGGUUCUGGGAAUGGCGUUGCAGCCGCUCACCCUCAUCUUCUGUCCGGCUCCCCUUGCUCGUCUCCUGCCUUCCACCUGGGACCCAACACUAGCCAGCUGUGUAGUCUGGCCCCGGCUGACUACUCCGCGUGCGCCCGCUCCAGCCUCACCCUCAACCGAUACAGCACGUCUUUGGCCGAGACCUACAACAGGCUCACCAACCAGACUGGCGAGACCUUCGCCCCGCCCAGGACUCCCUCCUACGUGGGCGUGAGCGGCAGCGCCUCGGUGAAUAUGUCCAUGGGCGGCACGGAUGGGGACACCUUCAGCUGCCCACAGACCAGCUUGUCCAUGCAGAUUUCGGGGAUGUCCCCCCAGCUCCAGUACAUCAUGCCUUCACCCCCCAGCAACGCCUUUGCUGCUAACCAGACCCACCAGGGUUCCUAUAACACGUUCCGGUUACACAGCCCCUGUGCCUUAUAUGGAUAUAACUUCUCCACAUCCCCCAAACUGGCUGCCAGUCCUGAGAAAAUUGUUUCUUCCCAAGGAAGUUUCUUGGGGUCCUCACCGAGUGGGACCAUGACGGAUCGGCAGAUGUUGCCCCCCGUGGAAGGAGUGCACCUGCUUAGCAGUGGGGGUCAGCAGAGUUUCUUUGACUCUAGGACCCUAGGAAGCUUAACUCUCUCAUCAUCUCAAGUGUCUGCACAUAUGGUCUGAUGAAGCCUUUAAGUUAAACUACAUUGGAGUCUGGCUAAUGUAUUUUCUUUCUUCGUUUUCUUUGUCUUUUCUUUUUGGAAAGCAAUAUGAAAAGAAACUUAUCGGUAGCUUGUAAAAUGUACAUAUAAUAGAAAAAGAAGGCUCACUGAGUUUUUUUUGACUUUCUCAUGGCGGGAUUGUAGUUAUCUAUGGUAUAUAUGUGUACUGUAUAUGGCACGUGGAGUUUUGCAGCCUACCAAACCAGAACCUCCCUCUAUUUUUCCCCCAGUUACAAAGAGUAUUGGCAUAAAUGUAGUGUGUUUAACCAAAGGUUUUUAUACUUUUUAAAAAACCAAACAGCAAACUUAAACCUUGGCAAUGACAAUAACCAGACUAAGAUGUUUAACUUAAUUUAUCAGAAAAAUGCUCUACACAGUUUCCUGCCUGAGCCUUGAUAACCAGCAGUAACCAGCACUCAGAGUCUUGUGAUUUCUGUUAUUCUUGGGCACAACGUGAGAACCUAAAGUCAGCAGAAGUCUUAGUAAUAGGACUGAGGUAUCUGUAAUCAUGAAGGAUUGGCUUUUGUGUUCCUGCUGGCUCUUAUUUAUCACAGAUAUUAGGUGACUUUGGUCCUGUAAAAAUUCAUAUCUGUAAUAAUUACUUUCUGAAGGAAAAUGGAGAGGCUUAUGAUUUUUUCACUUUCCAUUGGACAUGUAAGAGGUAUUUAUU